GUUUAACAAUCUAAGAUUUUCCUUUUGUUCAUUUUACCUUGUUCUUCCUAGUCUAUUCCUUCAAUCGUGUUUUUAGAAUCCAUAUGGCUUGUCUGAAACUAUUAUGACAGCUUAGCCAGAAGGAUAACAAAAAGCAUAUGAAUGUAAAAAGCAAAUCGUAUUGCCAUAAUACCUGAGGAAGGGAAGAGGAAGGAUUGAAUAAAUAAGAGCAAAAGUCAUUAAAUUAUGGGAAUUCCCGGGUUAUGGGAUGAAUUUAGAGAUUGCUUUAAUGAAACAAAUCUUUUAGAAGUCUCUACAAAUCACUGGACUACAGAAAAACGAUGUUUAAGAAUUGCAGUUGAUGCAGCUAUAUGGUCAGUACAGAUUCAGGCUAGUCAAGGUGGUACCAAUCCGGCAUUAAGGACACUGUUCUAUCGACUUUGUCAUUUACUUGAAUGGGGUAUUCAUGUUAUUUUUGUGUUUGAUGGUCCAAACAAACCUCCUUGGAAAAGAAAUCGCCAUAUCCGAACAAAUGUCUCAGGAACUUACGAAGCGAUGAAGCACCUCAUUCAGCUUUUUGGGAUGAAAGUAUGGGACGCUCCAGGGGAGGCUGAAGCUGAAUGUGCGAAAAUUCAAAGUUUACAAUUGGUCGAUUACGUUUUGACGGAAGACGUUGAUGCUUUCGCUUUUGGAGCUACCAAAGUUAUAAGAUGCAGUCCCGCUGAACGUAAAUCAUUAUUCAAUGUCAGAAUAUAUGAAAUGGAAAGAAUAACAGAAAAGCUCGACAUCGAUCAUUCUGGUGUAAUAUUGAUUGGCUUGAUGAGAGGAGGUGAUUACCAUUCAAAAGGUAUAGAGCACUGUGGACUUCAAACAGCAAUUGGAGCUGCAAAGCUAGGGUUUGGUGAUCGUCUGGUCUUUUCUGAACACGUAGAUUCUUGGAGAUCUCAAUUGCAGCACUACAUUCGAAUAAACAAGUACAACGCUUUUGGCUUUAAACGCCCAAAAUUCACUAUCGGCCAAGAUUUUCCUGACCCUUUAGUGAAACGUUACUAUACGCAUCCAGAAGUUUCUACCAUAGAAAAACUAAAAACACACUUUUCUCGGUUUGAUUGGUCUCAAAAACCGGAUGCUAAAGCUUUGUAUGUUUAUGCUCAAAAAAAAUUUCAAUGGACAAGCCUACAAGGAAGUAUAAAGUUUUUAAAUAGCAUUGCUUAUCCUAUAUUUGUCUUUGAACUCCUUCAUUCUACUGGAAUGGUCUCAAAAUAUUACACAGCCUCUCAUAAGACAAGAAGAAACAAAUCUACAGGUAUGAUAUUAGAAAAACAAAUUACUUUCUAUCCAAACAAAAUCUUGGAUUGUGAAUGGAAUAUUGAAACGAUCGUGUAUGAUAAUGAAGCGAAUACUUCGUUUAUGAAUCAAUGGAAAUCGCUUUUAAGAGAGACCACAUCAUGGAUACCUGCCUGCUUUAUACAAAAUAUCACAUAUCCAAAAAUAUCUCAGUUUUUUGGACGAACAAAUUCUGACUUAGGACGUUUAGUCCAGAAAACCAAGCGACUGUCUUUAGACCCAGAAGAAAGUCGGGAUUCCAUGCAUGCCGAGAGGAAAACAACAUCUACUAAAAGGCCGAUAGGGCUUCUUCCAACAAACUUGUUUUCGAAACCACGCCCACAAUCUUCUCAAAAGUUGUCGCAAGCAACCGAUGAAUCUUUUACAGAUGACGAUCUUCCAAAAAUCCAGGAGAUUCUUCCGAAAAGCUCGGAAAAAACAGGAAAGUAUAACGAAAACCAAAAUCAAGUCGAUAAUAAUCGUAAUGAAGGUUCAAUAACUAAAUCCAAGGAGCGCUUUUCAAAAGAUCAAACCAUCAGAAGAAUAUAUAUAAGAGAAAGCCUUAACGGAACCUGGAAGGAAGAUAUAGGGGCAAGCGGCAGGAGAAAAAUGUAUGAAAAUAUUCCCAUUAUUGACUUGUCUUAAAUUUAUUAUUUAGUGUGAACGACAUAGGUUUAGAGGGUUUAGAAAUGAUUAAGACUUCAGAUAAAACUGUAAUUGAUGCAACAACUUCAUCCAUUUAACGCGUAUCCGGUUCUGGCUUGAAGGUUUAUCUUCUUUUUUGCUACUAAUAAUGAAAGAGAUCUCUUUUAUGAGCAUCUCCUUCUGUUUCUCUUUUUCUUUCAUCGUCAACGUUCUUUGAGAAUGCAGCAAAUGCUUCAUCCAUCUCUGACAAACUCUUUCAAUUAAUCCAGACUUCCCUGUCUUCUUAUAAUAUGCAAUAACGGUUUGGUAUAUCUUUGGAUAAGGAACUCGAUCUUUGUUUGAUAAAUAAUACAUCCGAGAAUAUAUAUCUGGAUAACUCAUGUUGGUAAUACCAGCUGCCGAUUUGAAUUUGGGAGCAACCGUAGACCAAUAAAUUAUGUAGCACCAUGCUAGUUCAGAGAAGCGGAUUUUGUACGUUUCUGAUAAUUCCUUGCAUAAUUCAACCGCAGCCGGUAUGUCACCAAGGUAUCCAAAAGCACUGGCAACCGAAAGGAUAGUAUGUGAAGUAGGGUAUGUUGAAUUAUUUCUUUCGACCAAGCGUUCUCCUGGUUUUCCUUGGCCUAUACCCCAGAUUCUUUUGAGUAAAUCUCGAAUUUCUUCUAUUUUUCCAUCUCUAGCUAGCCCGACAAUUAGGUAAUCAUAGGUUGUCGAAUCUGGAGCAAAUCCAUUUCUUGGGAAAUCAAUAUCUACUGCUUCUAACAUCGCAGUUGAUACUGGUUCUUGGGUGGGACUUCCUUUCCAGGCGGGACUAUUGAAUUUAUUUAAUGACCACCUACACCCUCCAUAAUUUCCCAAGACACAAUUCAAAUAAUUCAAGCUUGGUCUUAAUUCGUUCUUUUUUACAGUUUUGAUCACUUUAUCUGCAACGGGCUCGUAUCCUAUAUACAUAGCGAUUCGUAACAUGUGGGUAAAAUCUCCGAUGUUCAAUUGUAUACCUAGUUCAUUGGCAUCGUGAAGAAGUAAAUUCAGUAUCUUUAUAGCGGUUUGUUUUUCUCUUUCUGUAAGUCUAUUCCCAUUGUUGAAUAGCUUAAACGAACGAAGAAUCAGUUGGAACUCGGCAGGCUUCAAAUUACUUAAAUUAUUGUUAUUACGGAGCUUCAAGUAAUUUAAAAGAUAGAACGAAGGAGUUAAUGGCCGAAGGAAGACUUGUGUAGGCCCAGUAACGGCACACUUGAACUUCUGGUCAUCUGCGUUAUGCAACAAUUCCUCAAAGGAACGGGCAUGUAAACGUCGGACCAAAGUUAAAGGGGAUAAUGCUUCAAAUCUUGAAUUUGUAUAAAGAAAUCUUAGAAUUCGCAUUGUUUCCCCAUAACCCGACUUCAAAAUGGGUAAUAAUGUUGUAGUAGGUAGAAGGAAGUAAGUACCUAUAACCGAUGAACUUAGCCAAAAAGCCAGAGAAUAUGAUUCCUCUUGACUUAUUAAUAAAGGAUG